AUGAUGCUCUCCACUCAAUCCUGUUUGGCAGGUUUCCUGGUGUUGUCAUCGCUCUGUGUUCUCGAGCAAUGCCGAGCCUUUUCUUCGGGAUCAGGAUUCUCCAGAGUCUUGUCUCCAUCUAGGAGACCCCAAGCAAGUCCAGCUAGUACCGGUAGAAGCCAUUCAUUAUCAACAUCAUGGUCCCGAGUGAACAUGAAAAACGAAAAGGCCGAACAAUCCCAAGAAGCCCUGCAAUCCCUGGGAGAUUUCCAUCAAGGAUCCUGGAAGGGCCAUGCGACUUCUUUCACUGUCACGGCCGAUGUUGCCGCUGGAAUUGUCCUCAAGAAAAAGUCUCCAGAAUACCAAGUGGAUAUCCAAUUGUCCUACAAUCCACGAGGACGGUUGAGCAUUAACGAAGUCUAUUCAUGGCAAAACAAACAAGGCAACGAGCAAGAACCACUUGCGUUUGCAUCCACGCGGAGUCUAGAUAUUGCCGAUUCCAGUGUCGAUGUGGACGCCGUGGAUGCAUCCUAUUCUCUGCAUCAACAGCAGCAACAAUCUUCGUCGCGAGACAGCAAUGACGAUGACGAACCAUCUGCAGAAGGAGAACAACAACUACAACAAGUCCCAGUUGAUUUGACUGGAACAGAGAAACCAGUCGAGUUUGCCGUCGAGCAGUGCAUUGCCGUUUCGGACGAUGAAAGAGUCCGAAUGCUGGCCCUUUAUGGUGUCAAGCAGGACCUUAUUCGGGUUGUCGUUUGCAAUGAACAAAGAGUGCCAUCGGAUAGUGACGAUGAUGCUGCUGCUGCACCCGAAGGAGCCACUCCUUUGACAGUCACGGAUCUACUAGAGAUGCAGACGGACGUUGAUCGGAUUGUCGACAAGAUUGCCGGACAAAUAAAGGGUAUUGAUGAUGACGGUAAUGAAAGCAAUCGUGACGGCUCGCUGUCUUCACCGUCUUCCGACGAUCGAUUGCAACAGUUACAAGAAUCCAUCGCAAAGGCACAGUCCAAGUCUGCUCCUCAAACACCACCAACAAUGUCUACAUCCAAACGCGAUGACCCAUCCAAACGCGAUGACCAGGGACCCUUACUUUCACGUCAUCCGAUGAGCCUUCUGGAACUCACGUCUGGUGCUUGGCUGGGAGACUCCAUCAUUCGUGACUUUCCCACUGUACCAGGAGAACUACAAUCAGCCAGCACUAAAGGAAAGGGCUUUGGAGCUUCCAAAAAAGGCAACAGCUACAAUGAUAGUCCACCACCCUUUGGCAGCUGGGCUGUGGGGGUCCAAAAGGUAGCACGAGACUGGCUGUGGGACUUUGGUGAAGAGGUUCGAGAAAACAAUAGUGCUGGAAAGUGUAUGGGUGCUAUGAUGGAACCCGCUCUCUCUCAAUCCAGGGCGGGACAAGUCUGCGAGAACCAGUCACUCUCGCGUCGGAUACCCAAGGAGGAACGAAUGGUGUACAUUGACUGGAACAAUGGCAACAACGGGAAUAGUGGUCAAGUUGGGUUCUUACUAGGAUCCGUCUCUAUACAGGUCCCUCGCUACCUGACGUUUGGUGAAAACCGGAAGGCAUUCUAUACAGAAUUAUGCGUCUACCAAAGUACAACAACAAGCGCCGAAGAUGGCAGUUCUAUGAAUGCCAUGUCACUAGACGAUGAUUCUCUUGGUGAACUACCAGAAGUGAUAUGCUCCAGAAUAUGCCGCUUGUACAACACGGAAGGUCUGCUGAAACAGGGCUGUACAUCGUUUUACACCCUCAAGCGCUUCGGACCGGAGGGGGGCACAGAUGGAAGAUAG